AUGAUAUCUCGGUACAAUCAUUUGACAGUUUUGUUGUUGAUAUUUGAUGCUGUGUUUUCAUCGGCGGCUGUUUGCUCGCCCGGCUGGACGAACUGGAAGCAGUCGUGCUACGCUAUGCACUCUAAGCGCCUGAAUUGGAUGGACGCAACGAAGUUCUGCGAGAACACGGGAAGCCAUAUUGUCGUGCCGAACUCUCAGGCUGAGAAUGAUUUCAUCUGGGGGUUGGUGAUGGACCGACUUGAGUACGCGUCUCUGCCGAUGGGCGGGGUGUGGAUCGGCUGCAAACGCGAGACGGCGGACUCAAGCUUCGUGUGCGCCGAGAAAACGGACUUCACCAACUGGACGCCAGGCCACCCUUCAGCAAAAGUUCUGUGCAUCGUGUAUGGCAAGGGAGGGAACGGCACAUGGAGAUCUAACAGGUGCACCAACGACAGCCGCCGGUAUGUGGUCUGCGAGAUGCCGAAUACUGCGUACUGCCUGACUGCUGGUAAAAAUGGACGCUUCGUGAGUGGAUUGCCGUAA